AUGGGGAAAGCUUUUGGGUGGUGUUCUGGUUUUUCACUCAUGUAUUUUCCUUUGUGGGUUAUUAUGUUCAUGUCUGCUUUCUUGGGGCUUCUUGGUUAUGGCUUCCAGUGGCUUGUUAUUCAGAGAUUGAUUGCUUUGCCUUACUUUCUGCAACGCAUUUUCUUGCCAAGCAUUGUGAAUUUGAAACAAUUGUCUUAUUGUACUCUCCCUACAAUUUUCUCUCUUGUUGACAAUAACGAUGAAAACGAACUUCACAAAGAACUCAUUUAUAAGGAGGAUAAUGAUGUAAGGAGUAACGAAAGUGUACAAAGCUUGAUGAUUGAGAAGAGUUAUUGUUUUGCGAAUGUGUUGGAGAAGGAAAAGAUUAUAAUGCUUGGCGAAGAACAUACAACUAAGAUGUUGAUUCGUAGGUGGGACUUUUGGUUAUAUUACAUUGCUUAUUUCCGUGGAGGAACAAUUGGAUUGGUUUAUAGUAAUAACUUGGGACAAAUUUCUCAAUCACUUGGAUAUAACUUUGAGAAAAGUUCUCUUGUGACACUUUAUUCCACGUGCUCCUUUUUCGGUCGGCUUCUUGCAGCCGCACCCGACUUAUUUAGCAGCAAGACACACAUUGCAAGAACUGGAUGGUUUGCAACAGCCUUGGUACCAACACCAAUUGCAUUUAUUUUACUAGCCAUAUCCGGUACUAAAACGGUGUUACAAUUAAGCAGAAGCUUAAUUGGAUUAAGUUCUGGCUUUGUGUUUUCUGCGGCAGUAUCUAUAACAUCGGAGCUAUUUGGUCCAAACAGUGUUGGUGUGAACCACAACAUCCUCAUCACAAACAUUCCUUUAGGUUCAUGUCUUUAUGGCCUUCUUGCAGCAUUGAUUUAUGACUCUAAGGCCACAAGUUCAGGACAAUCGAUAUGGCUGCGCGAGAUGUCUUUGUGCAUGGGAAGGAAAUGCUAUAUGCAGACAUUUAUAUGGUGGGGUUGCAUUUCAAUUGUUGGAUUGGUUUCAAGUUUCUUGCUUUUCUUAAGGACUAAUGAGCCAAGUGAGGGUGAUGCAAUUAACAUACUCAUGGGUAUACGUGAUAAAUUCGAGGAACAUCACAAAUGCAUAUAUACGGAAGAUGCCUUAAAGGCUGCAGUUCAUUUGUCAACAAGAUACAUAGCUGAUAGGUAUCUACCUAAUAAAGUUAUUGACCUCAUAGACGAAGCUGGAAGUAAAGCUUCUAUUGAAGCCUUUAAGAUGAAAAAAGAACGCAACUGUUACUUACUUUCUACAAAAAAACCAGAAGUUUAUUAG